UUUGAUAAUAUGCAACAGGAAAAGCUCAACCUCUUUGUGGUCAUCCUCUGGAGUUUGUGGAAAGCUCGCAAUACAAAGGUAUGGAAACAUAAAGUUCUAGGAUGGCGGCAAAUAGCUGAGGAGGGGAAGAGCAUGCUGGGAAGUUGGAUAGAGGCGCAACGCACUAAAAUUGAGCAUCAGGCCAGGGAAUCCACAUCUCGGUGGAGGAAGCCGCCAGAGGGUAGCAUUAAAGUAAACGUGGAUGCAGCUUUGGGGGCCGGAAGCGGAAGGAGGGCUUGGGCAUGGGUUGCUAGAAAUGCCCAAGGAGAUUUCCUGGCAGGUGGCAGCCAAACCGUUCAAGCAAAGUGGACGGCAGCCGUAACGGAGGCCAUCGGUGUUCGGGAGGUAAUUAGGUGGAUCAAAGAGCAACGUUGGCAGCAAGUGAAGUUGGAGACAUAUUCUAUGAUGAUCACCUCGGGUAUUAUGGAUCGUGAAGGGGAUUCCUACUUCGAUACAAUUCUUGAAGAUAUUAGACACAUUCUUCAUAAUGAAGUUAGCAUAGAAGUCACUCAUUGUAAAAG